AUCAACCUCAUCCGUAUCGACCGACCUCCUCCCUGCUGUCGCCUUUACUCUCUUGACGGAGCCUCUGAUCCUCAAUUCAUAAUCAAUUGUCAGACUCAGACGACCCAACCUCAAGUUCCUGUGACUACUGUACAUCUCGCUGGUCGCGCGUCAAGUCCACGCCAACAUGCCUCUCUCUUUACCUUCCACCGCUGCUCUCUCAAACCACGCCCAGAAACCCUCGCGUCCAUCGUGAAACAUGUCACCGAGUCGCCCCCUCCCGAUACCACCUCAACACCCAGGGGAACAGGUUGACCCUCGCCCACGGACUCCCCCGCCCGUCUACCUCGUGGAUAAUCUCAGGACUCCGUCUGCACGUCCCCUACCUUUACCACCUGAGAUUCAGCCAGAAGAGAUCGCACGUGUUGUUAUGCCAGCAGAGGAGAGUCUCCCCCGUCCCAAUCCCGCAAACCCCUUCAAAUCGUACCAUCUACUUCUUCAAGAAGAUUUUCGAACGUCUCACGUCGCUAGACCCUUCAAAACUCCCAAGAGGGCCCAAUUGCUACUCAGGGGUGCCUCUCUAUCGGGAUUCUCUGGUUUACUCUACCGAUUAGAUCGGUCGAUGGAGGAGUGCUUCAAGUCGAGAGGUAACGCGAAUUGCGUUGUGGUUGAUGGAAGUCAUGGUUCUGGUGAUGUUUUCCGCUACUGCAUGGGCUUGCCACCGCGAGUCCGAAGUGGGCAAGCACGUGACAUCGCACGUUUCAGUUACGGUGUUCAUAAUUUCAGGAACACUCCUUUCCCCGGGGCCUCAAAAUGGCAGGACGCAGCAGAAGGAUUCGUUCAAGUUGGCUUCCUCCAUUUUCGCUUUCCUGUUGCCCUGGUUUGGAAAGUCUUAUUCCCCAUUCAAUGUGAGAUCCCGUGGUCUUAA